CUCGAACCACUACGGCCAAUAGCGGCAGUUGCUGGUAGACGGAGAGAAUAUAAGUAGCUACAAAUCAGACAGAGGAAACUGCCUUUGUUGUGGGUUUCUUGUCAAUCCUCUUCUCCAAGCAACCGAGUCUCGGAGACGAGCGGCAAAGCGACCACAGCAAACUUACAACCCGAUCAGUGUUAGUUUGAACUGGCACCUAACCGGUGUUCUGCAAGGGUCGAACGGGCCGCGGUGACGAAACUACCCCUCCUCCACCAAGCAGCAGCACUUGCACAUUCAAGCAACUGCGGCCAUUGCGGUCUUGCUUCCCAGGAAGCCCAAGGACACCCGUCUACUCAGCACGGCAUCCACGCUCUGUUUCUGGUAACUUCAAAACACAAUCGGGGUCUCAUUUGCGAUUCUUUGCCCGCUGCCGCUGACAGCAACGACUGUACCCCUCGACCCAUUUGUCUACAAGUCCGCGAGCGACCCGCAACCAUGAACCCUCACCAGGCAAAGAAAAUCGAUAUCAAGUCCCUCUCCCCCGAGGAGCAGCGGCUCUUCCGGCUCUAUGGCAAGCUGCCCAGUCGUAGCGACCAUUUCGCCAAGCAUCUGAAGGAGCGCAAAUACUUCGACAGCGGCGACUACGCCAUGAGCAAGGCCGGCAAGGGCGACAGCGUCGACACGGGCGCCGUCGGCAGCCAGCACCCCGUCCCCGAGAACAUCCCCCAUCUCUCCAGCCCGGCCAGCGGGCCCAACGGCAUCGGCAGCACGCUGCAUCCCCACCACCACAAUCAACAUCACCCCGGAAUGCAGGCCGGUAGCCCCGUCAAGGAAAGCAGCUUUCUGCACCGCGAGACCAGCGCCGACGACAUCGACGCGGCUACCGGCUCCGAAGAACAGCAGCAGCAGCAGCAGCAGCAGCAGCAACAGCAGCAGAAACAGCAAUCCCCCGAAGCUAGAGCGACUGCUGCCACCGGUGAGCAACAGGAGAUUCCGGUGCGGCGGUAAGGCGUGCGCAGCCGCCAAGAUAUACGAUAGCACGAAACCCCAACCUUCGAUCAAGCUGUUGUUAUUUAAACUCAGACAACCUAGGUUGUGUUGAUUUUUUUUUUUUUUUUCUCGUCACGUCUUGAACCACGAGCGGCACAUGGGACACCUUGAGAUUUACGAGACCACGAGAAAAAAAAAAAAAUGACUGUGGCGUUAGGUUGGGUGGACUCACCCAGGAGAUGAUGGAUACGGCGAUCAUGAAGGGUACGAGGACCACGGGGACUGGGCUGGGGGACUGUCUUUGCUUUUGUACUUAUCCCGUUCUUGACAUGGGUUAUUCUGGCUUUUCUUCCACACUGCCUUAGGCCGGCGUCGAUCAUUUCUCCUCCCCACGAUAGCCUCCUACCGGCCGGCCCCUCGGUUCGCGAUGAGCGGAGCGGGAAACGGGAAGCUUGAGCAACCGCUGGCGGGACUGGACGCCUUUUCCGAGAUUGUGGCAUGAGCGACGAGGCCAGAGACUGGACGCAAACAUGGAAGUGAUGGCCUCAGACUGGUGUUCUUUCUCCUUGCUAUCUGGACCACAUUCAAGCUUCCUUGCGCUAGUGGCAAUCUAAGCCGUUUGUUUCUUGGGCAC